AGGCCAUUCAAAAAAUAUGCUGAUAUGGUUCAUCUCACAUGCACUAUUUGUUCAUUAUUGUAUAUUUUGCUUUGUUUGGAUUUAAAUCACAUAAUCCAGAUCGUUAAAGCUUCGCAGAUGCUGGCGGUCGGACAAACUUUUCCAUUAUCAGCCAAUUUUGCUCAUCAUCGUCACUGUUGUGCUGCCGGCAUCAGUAGCAUUCUUGUCGUCAUGCAAAACGUGACUCUGUUCUGAUGCGGUAGUUUCGCAAGCGUUGUCUAGCAGAAUAAUUUAGCUUAUUAGUAGUUCAAUCGCAUGAUGGAUCGGGUGGUUCAGAUUUUUAUUUGCGUGUGCAUAAUCGUAAUCCCUGUAUGCUGUGGGACCAAUGUAUUGUGUCUGAUGGGUGUUCCAAGUCAUAGCCAUCACAUUUGGAAUCGAGUGCUGAUGGAAGCGUUGGCCUCCAAUGGAUAUAAUCUAACAAUAGUAUCUCCGGAUAUUGAAACAACAGGGAAACCGAACUUGACUUACAUCCAUUUAGAAGAAGUUUAUCACACGAUUCAUGAUGGAGAUGAGGCAAUUGAUUUCUACGAGAUGGCUCAGGAAAAUAUAGUAAAGUGCAUGGCUACGUUCUACGACUAUGGGUUUGGUUUAUGCAGAGGUGUGCUGAAAUCGAAAGGAUUGGACGUGAUUUUGAGUUAUCCGGACAAUUUCAAGUUUGAUUUAGUGCUCUACGAUUUUAGCUGUGGACCUUGUUUGAUGGGGCUUUAUCAUAAAUUCGGACAACCUCCACUGAUUGGAGUAACUGCGUUCAACAUCCCUCCUUAUACCGUUGAUUUGAUUGGAAGCCAUAAAUAUCCUGCAUAUAUACCUUAUUACACACUGCCAUACGACGUGGACAUGGAUUUCCUACAAAGAUUGAAAAACGUAUUUAUCUACACCACGGACUAUUUGUACCGUAACUAUCGUUUCAUCCCGAAAACUGACGAACUUCUUAGGAGUCAUCCGGCAUUUAGAAGUAUACCCUAUCUUGGAGAUCUUGAUAAAAAUAUGAUGCUGAUGCUUGUGAACUCUCAUCAUUCGGUUGAUUUCCCUGAACCCAUCCCUCAAAAUAUGAUUCCAGUUGGAGGUCUACAAAUCACGCCACCAAAACCACUGCCGAAAGACAUUGAGGAAUUUAUUCGGCGUGGCAAAAAAGGAGCAGUACUUUUCUCGCUAGGAACCAACAUUCUUAGUUCGGAUCUAGGUGAGGAGCGGAUUGUUAUGUUUCUUGAUGCGAUCAGACAAUUCCCUGAAUACAAUUUUCUGUGGAAGUUUGAAGCCGAUCCGAAUAAGUUUGACAUCCCCGGUAAUUUAAUGAUGCGGAAGUUUUUACCUCAAAAUGACAUCCUGGCACACCCGAGUACGAAAUUAUUCAUUACCCAUGCUGGCUUGCUGAGCACACACGAAGCAACCUGGCAUGGUGUUCCGAUGGUUGGAAUUCCUUUCAUAGCUGAUCAGUACCGGAAUUUGGAAAAAUCUUUACGUGCUGGUGUAGCAGAGCGACUAAUAGUUUGGACUGUGACAAAAGAAAUAAUUGUUCAAACCAUCCGGACGGUAUUGGAAGAUCCUUCGUAUCGGACACGAAUGUUGGAAAAAUCUGCACUAUUCCGUGAUCAACCAGACAAACCACUGGAUCGUGCUCUCUGGUGGAUCGAUUGGACCUUAAGACACCCGAAUGUGAAAUCCAUCCAAUCGCCAACUCUUCGCCUAGGUUGGUUUAGAAGCGAAUUGUACGAUGUUAAACUUUUUAUAGUGGCUGUUUGCUUCGGUGUCAUCAUUCUUCUGAGGCUUAGUUUUCGAAAAUGUAUACCUGGUAGUAUGUCUAUAGAUAAGAGUAAAAAGCAGAACUAAACCAAUUGUA